CCGGCGGGCGGCGCUGGGGGCAGCAGGGAGCCCGCGCCCCUGCCGGAACCGGGCGAGCACCUGGGCGCGUGCGCGGCGGCCGCGAUGGCGGGGCCCGGCUGGGGCCCCCCGCGGCUGGACGGCUUCAUCCUCACCGAGCGCCUGGGCAGUGGCACGUACGCCACGGUGUACAAGGCCUACGCCAAGAGCCCACAGCUCCCGUCCCCCCAGAAGGACACUCGCGAGGUGGUGGCUAUAAAAUGUGUGGCCAAGAAGAGCCUGAACAAGGCGUCCGUGGAGAACCUGCUGACGGAGAUCGAGAUCCUCAAGGGCAUUCGGCACCCUCACAUCGUGCAGCUCAGGGACUUCCAGUGGGACAGCGAGCACAUCUACCUCAUCAUGGAGUUCUGCGCGGGCGGCGACCUGUCCCGCUUCAUCCACACCCGCAGGAUUCUGCCUGAGAAAGUGGCCCGGGUCUUCAUGCAACAGCUGGCCAGUGCCCUGCAGUUCCUGCACGAACGGAACAUCUCCCACCUGGACCUGAAGCCACAGAACAUUCUGCUGAGCUCCCUGGAGCGGCCGCACCUGAAGCUGGCAGACUUCGGCUUCGCCCAGCACAUGUCCCCGUGGGACGAGAAGCACGUGCUGCGCGGCUCGCCCCUCUACAUGGCGCCCGAGAUGGUGUGUCGGCGGCAGUACGACGCCCGCGUGGACCUCUGGUCCGUGGGGGUCAUCCUGUACGAGGCACUCUUCGGGAAGCCCCCGUUCGCGUCCAGGUCCUUCUCGGAGCUGGAGGAGAAGAUCCGAAGCAGCCGGGUCAUCGAGCUCCCCCUGCGGCCGCCGCUCUCCCGAGACUGCCGGGACCUGCUGCAGCGGCUCCUGGAGCGGGACCCCAGCCGCCGCAUCUCCUUCCAGGACUUCUUCGCCCACCCCUGGGUGGACCUGGAACACAUGCCCAGCGGGGAGAGCCUGGCCCGAGCCACCGCCCUGGUGGUGCAGGCCGUGGCGAAGGACCAGGAGGGGGACGCGGCCGCAGCCUUGUCGCUCUACUGCAAGGCCCUGGACUUCUUUGUGCCCGCCCUCCACUAUGAGGUUGAUGCCCGGCGGAAGGAGGCGAUUCAGGCGAAGGUGAGCCAGUACGUGUCCCGGGCGGAGGAGCUCAAGGCCAUCGUGUCCUCCUCCAAUCAGGCCCUGCUGCGCCAGGGGCCCUCUGCCCGCGACCUGCUCAGAGAGAUGGCCCGGGACAAGCCACGCCUCCUGGCUGCCCUGGAAGUGUCUGCUGCUGCCAUGGCCAAGGAGGAGGAAGCUGGCGGGGAGCAGGACGCCCUGGACCUGUACGAGCGCAGCCUAGGGGAGCUGCUGCUGCUGCUGGCAGCAGAGCCCCCCGGCCGGAGGCGGGAGCUGCUUCACACCGAGGUCCAGACCCUCAUGGCUCGAGCUGAGUACCUGAAGGAGCAGGUCAAGAUGAGGGAGUCUCACUGGGAAGCAGAGACCCUGGACAAAGAGGGGCUGUCGGAGUCGGUCCGCAGCUCUUGCACCCUGCAGUGACCGGGAAGACUGGAUGGAGAGGCAGCCGCGCCAGGCCAGGCUGACGCCCAGGACUUGGUGCCCCUGCAGCCCGGGAGAGCCUCAGCUGGCACCUCGGGGACCCCGUGUCCCAGGGUCUACAGCCUCGCUCGGGACCCCCGCCCCGCAGAGGUGUGCCGGGGGCAGGACGCUGCGAGGAGAGGAGACUUUCUCCCGUGAGACCCGUGGGUCCUGACCCCGUGUGGCGGGCGCCCAGCCACGUGCACAUCUGCUCUGAGAAGGGGCUGGGGCCUUGCGCAGGCAGCGGUGCCCUGCGUUCCCCCUUCCUCGUCUCCCUGCACUGGAACAGGGCCUGCCGAGCCCCUCAGGGACCACCCCCCCUCAGCCCUGCCCUGGGUUCCAGGCCCUGCCUGCCUCUCAGUACUACCAGUGCUCCUGCAGGCACAGAGCGAACUCCCUUCCCGGGGUGGGCUGCUCCUGCCCUGGGCCUGGUGCUGCUGUGACGCCAGCGGGUGACCCUGGCAGCCCCUUCCCGGGCUCACGGGGACAGAGGGGCUGACCCCUGGAGAAGGGGGCACACCUGGGCUCUGACAGAGCCGGGGCGUGGUGCCCGAGCCCAGCUGUACAGAAUGCACUCUGUCGUUUCGCUAGUAAAUUAUUUUCUCUA